GUCAUUUGGCUUGUCAUUUGUACGAAAAUAAUUGUUUUUGUGUGAAUUAAAUGAAUGUUGAUUCAUCAAACAAAUAAUAUUACACAGAUACUAAAUAAGAUGUAUUUUUAAUAAAAUGUCUUCUUCCAAUUUGCCUCCGUAUAUAUUACAAGAACUUCCUGACAUUACAGAUUCUAUAAAAUAUCCUAUAAAAAGUGUUCAACGUAUAAAGUACACAUGCUUUGAUGUUUCCAAAACCUUAAUAGCUUUUGGAGCAACUAGUGGUGGUAUUUAUAUAUUCAACAGAAACCCAUGUGAAUUUGUGCAACUCAUACCAAAUAAGGAUGGCGCAAUCACCCGUCUGGCUAUAUCGCCUGACGAGAAACACAUCGGCUUCGCCAACGGUAAAGGUGUGGUCACCGUCACAGCAUGUGAUCAGUCUAUCGGCGGAGGUUACUUGACGGUAACUUCGAAGGAGCACCAAGGGAACGAGGUGACUGCUAUGGUGUGGGGAAGAAACAAUAUGUUGUUUACGGGUGACGAUGUUGCAAAAGUGUCAGUGUUGCAGCUACAGAGUUUUAUUGCGAAAACAAUAUUCCAAAGUUCAUCCCAAACUAUAAUGAGUUUAGACUCUCGUAUUUGCCAAUUAGACGUAAAAGAGAAUAUGCUUUUAGUGUCUACUUUUACUCGAUGCUAUAUUUGCGACACUUUACAAGAGCAGUACAGACAAAUAGGGCUAAAACUUAGAGAUGGAGAGUUUGGAGCAUGCUUCUUUAACAAAGAAAACCAUGACAAUAAUAGUCUAGCUCAAACUGUACACGACUUCACUGAAGUUAAACAGUACAACAUCGUAGACGAUGAUGCAGGAUUCACAGUGGGCGAAGGAUUGGCUAAUACUCUUAUAUUUUGUGCACGGCCCUCUUCUAGACUAUGGGAAGCAACUAUUGAUGGAACAGUCAAAAGAACACACCAAUUUAAGCAGGUUUUGGCUAAGCAACCAAUGAAGUUAUUUUCAUUAGAGUCUUACAACAAUGAAAUAAUCUCUUUAAGUACAGACAACACAGUCUGUGAGGGACAGUCUGUGAAUUUUCCUAAAUUAUACACAGUGAAUGGUGCCAUAUUUUCCUUUAAAAAAGAUGCUAUUUACUUUUUAAAUCUCUUUAAUGUAGAUGAUACUACUUGGUUUACAUUUGGUGAUAUUGCGGACUGCAAGAUUUAUCAUGACAUUAUAUACAUAUGGUUAACUAAUGGCUCUCUAAUAUGUUUAAAAUAUACGAAAAUUGAAAAGUUUUUAGUCCAAUGCUAUGUAGACGAGAAAUACGUAUUAUGUGCUGAGUUGUGUGCCUUGUAUAGAGAUCAUUUGCUUAACAAUAAUCUUUCUUUUAAGUUACAUAUUUUGAGUGGUAUAAGAGAGAAAUUAAAUAAUAAAGAUUUGUUGAAAAAUAUAGACGAUAUUCUAGAAAAAAUUGACAGUUUGAAGUCAAAUGAAGCUAUCCAGAUGAAGUCUGGUAUAUAUAUUGUAGAUAAUACAUAUCAAGCUCAAUCUUCGCUUUUAGAUAAUGAUGUAAAAGGUGGCAAACACAACGAAGAUAGUAGGUUCGGCACAUUAUCACCCGACGCGUUGCAAGCUUUCAAAGAACUUAGUAUAACAGUAUCAGAUAAACUGAAUACGAGUAAGAAAAUCUUAAAAGAAAAAUGGGAAGAUUUUGAAGGGAAAAUGAAAAUUUUUAAUGAAUCACAACCAAUACCAGAACUCAGCAUGCCCAAAAGGGUGUUGCAAGACGAAAGUUCGCCUAUAGAACAUAAAUUAGUUGAGAUAGAUGAUAAUAUUAUCUACAAAGAAUCUAGUCAAAAGGCCAUAGGGAUAGACAAUAAUAGUUUAAAAAAUGAUAAAUUGUGCAAAUCUCUGUAUCAGUUCUUUAGAUUAAAUAUAGUCAGUAAGGAAACGGAAAGAUCGAAUUUAGUUUCUACUAUAGAGAGCAAUGUCUGUGAUGCUAGGGAACUCUACAACCUAAUGUUACUAUUAGAACAAUAUUGUGUCUCAGUGGGUGCUUUAGAAGAGUCAAAAUUUGCACCGAAUAAUAUUUUUUUAACUUAUCUUAGCAGUACUGUAAAGAAAGAUGCACUCUUAGAUUCCAUAAUAAAUGAUGAAGUUUUAUAUAAAUACUUUGUUGACUCAUGUAUAUCUGUAAAUAUGAAGACGCAGAAACUUUCGAAUAUUGGCUGCGAAUGUGGCUUCCCUCUACCAUAUACCAGAACAAAUCAGGCGCCAGUUUUUGCUGAGUUAAUAGAUGAAUUUAUUGAGAAACAAUGGUCGAGUCAGUCUAGAAACCAAUGCUAUGAGAUGUGUAAACAAAUGCCUUAUUUGUGGCGGAAAAUAUUAUAUUUACGUAGGAAUGAAGAUCUUUUGAACGUUCUACGAAUAUUGUUACAAAUGUUAGAUGAAGGGCUUCUACAUUCUUUUCUGCCGCAGUUUACGAUGGAAUCUUGGGACAGAGCAUUACAAUUGUAUGCAACCUUGCAUGCCAAUAUGUGUUUGAACUGUAAUAAGAAAUUUCAUCAUAUAUCAGUAAGAGAUAUGCUUAGUUGGGACGAUUUGGGGGCACUCAUGAUAAAAUCUGUCGGUGGUAGAAAUGCUUUGAGGGUGAUGCAGAAACACGCUAAGCUUAUAGAUAUAGGGGAAGUGACAAUGAAGUUUUACCACACAAGUUUAGUGGUAUCCAUGUAUGAGAAAUAUGAUGCCACUAUAACUAGCCAACUUACUGAUACUUUAUACAGAUCUUACGACUUCGAGGAUUCACGCCAAGAGAUUUGCCGUCUACUUCGCAAUACUUCUAACGGACAGAUUGCGAACACGGCACUGCCAAUAACGGUGGCAGCAAACUCAAACACGUGGGGUCUGACACCGCUACAGGAUAAAUCAAAUGCUAUAACUCACGACGACAUAUUCACCGUUAGUAAAAUAAAAAACAGUACUUUAAAAGAUAUUAUAGAAAACUUAUCAGAAAUUAUUAACUGUCAAAGCGUUGAUUGUGUGCUCUGUGGGUUGCCAUUGCAAAAUGAAGUUUUAAUCCAAGAUGGCGGUUUGUGGGUUUUCAAAUGUGGCCACACGUUCCACGGUGCGUGUCUGAAUGUUAAUAAGGUGAAACUCUGUCCGUCUUGCCCUAAAGUUUAACUUGCUAUAUUUUUAUGGUUUUAUGAAUUAACCAUAAGUUUGUAUUGCAGUUAUUUUUGCCAAAGAAUGACUACAGAUUAAAAUAUGUUUUACUUAUUUAACAACAAACGGUUUACUGUGUUAUUUUUCACUGUUAUAUAUUAUAAAUUGCUCAAAAUUAUAUAGCAAAAUAAAAUAAUAAAUUUUAGGUAGGCACAUUUUUAAACAAAUAACACACAAGUAAACAAAUAAGUUUUUACGUUAUUAAAAAAAAUAUUUACGUAUUAUUGUUAUUACUUUUAUUACCAAAAUAGAAGUUAUUUUCUUUUGUCAAACAAAAACUGAAAUUUUUAAAUGAGAACCAACUUAAUAAAAACGAACUUUGGUGCUCGGUUAUACUCAAUGAUUUUUUUUAAAUAUGAUAUGUAAAAAACUUAUAAAAUAAUAUGAUGUUCCGAACACAUACAUAGCCACAUAGGCAUUUAUUUAUAUUUCAUUUAUACAUUUCACCACGUCCAAUAAAAUUUAUAUAGUUGGAGAAACUAUAACAAUAAGAUAUAGGCAAAUG